GUAGCUUUCUUGGCAACUUGAUCUAUUGUUUCUGCUUGCUCUUGUUGAAUCAAAGGGAACUUAAGGAAUUAAGGGCAGCAGUCUUACACAAAUAUGUCAAUGUGUGCCCUGAAGUCUAAAUGCUAAACCCAUUUCACACCAGCUAAUGGACAAACAAAGAUCUGACAAAUUCCUAAUAUACCAUGAAUUAAAGUUGCCAACUUUAAGAACAAUAACCUUAUAUAAGCCACUUGAAGUCAAAUCUUCUCAUGAGCUCUUACCCCUCAAAAUUGUGUACAAUUCUGAUGAGAGUUACGCGAUUUAUCAAGGGUGUGUAGUGGUUAAAUUGUCAGGUUUUUAUAAUAAUGGUAGCUGGCAGCAGUAUUAUAAUUAUCUAAUUAAACUCACUGGGGGACCGGCAGAUAUCCCCUAUCUGUAGUUUCUUGAGAUCGUUAGGGUCUGAUACGCCAGGUCGAGCAGGUAGAGGUAGUCUGACCCUCCAGCAGGACCUGAUACUCUGACAGCCCGGUCCACAAGUUGUCUUCUGAAAAUGUUUUACAAACUUUUCAAAUUAUUACAAUGUUAAACUUCUGGUUAACAUCAUCAUAGCUGGAUCGAAUGAAUGUUUAACUUUUAAUAAUGUCAUUAAAAUCAUCAAAAAGAUGUUUUGAAAAUAUACAGUAUUGAGUAUUUGAAGUAUGGCUCAUCUUAAAUUUGAACGGUUUUAAACUAUGAACAGUGAAUAACCGGGGUAGAAUUUCGUCGUGGCCCGUUUUAAGGGGAAAUCAACCAUAUAAUAUAAAAAUCCUCACCAGCAAAUCGAUAACUUGAAGCUGCACCAUUCUGCAAUUAUCGCGAGGACUCCGUAAGAAAACAGAAAUUACUGAGCCAAAAUUCUAAACCAUGAUUCAAGCUGUCUCUAGAAGCUGAAUAAUGAUUACUAUAACACUCUCAACGAUAUGACGUCUUCUAAGUAGCAUUAACUAUGGACAAGAUUCUUACAGAAAAAGGGCGAGGUAAGGGUAAUACAACUGACAGACUGCAUGCAGCACAAUAUAAAGAAAUGUCACUGCUAAGCCACCCUCACCCCCGCUUAUUAUUGGAGACUUUGCAGAUUAUUACACGAUGUCAUAUGAUGCAGCAGGGGUGUAGUUAUUGGAUGUUAGCCAAAUAAUUUCUCAAUAUGAAUUAUAGGGGUUUAAAUUCUGAUCAAUGGUACUGGUUCUAUAAUGAGAACCUAAUGAGCGUUAAUACGCUGAUUACAAGAUUAUGUGAAUCCAAAAGUUGUGAGUUUUGCAACUGACUGACAAGUUCUGAUUUUUAAAAGCUGGAUUAUUACAACGUGACCUUGACUAAUUGAGCGUGGCACAGUUAAACCAUUUUCAGGCCACAAGUGACUUUCGCUUUCCGAAAUUCCGCGGAUAACCAAGAAUUUCUUAGCUGAGACUCAUGAUAUUUUUGUAACGCCUGGCAGACAAUUUCCGAAAUUAUUGGAAUUAUUUUCUGCCUGCAGGAUAAAGUCUUACAACUACAAGUGGUUAACCGAAUGAUUUGCACUUAUCAUUUUGUUCUGUAAGUUUAGAGCGGGUUAUUUAGUUAGUACGCUACUUUACUAACCACAAAUUGGACAAUUUUGUCUGUGACUUGAAAGUUAUUGUGAUAAUACUGUUUACAUAUUGGUGAUUAUAUGUUUACAUUAUUGAGUAUUAGUCGACAUAUAACCAGGUAACUCAAUAACUAUAAAAUCAGCUAAAUUUAUCCAGCUUCGCCGAAAAAACACUCAUUAUCGUGCCAAUUACACUCAAUAGCUAAGUUGCUGUUAUUAAGUUUUAAGAGAGAGUUAAAUGUGUGAGUGAAAAUAGUUAAAUUGAGGUUUGUGUAACCAUGUCUCACUCUCUACAUUGAUGAUGGUAAAUGUUACAUUUUAUUGCUGUUGUUAAUUUAUUUUAAUGGCUUUAUAGUUGUUUCGAUUGAUGCUUUCGAUCUGUAAUUUUCAAGAUUUCAACAGACUUAUAAAGCUAAUAAGUGAAAGAAACUUUCACCCUGCAACCGACUUGGAACAUCGUAUACAGAAAAUAUAGCAAGAAGCGUUUAGAAUCUGCAAUUCUGUUCAGACCAUGGUGGAAAAGAAAAGAAACCCUCUCGUGAAAUUUUGUAGAAGGUUCUUCUGUACAGUUACCACCAUGAUAAGCUUUAUAACACUCUGUCUGACUGUUAUCUACAACGCUGGAAAUCUGAAAACAUUUUUCUUCGAGCAAUCCUCGCUAGCUCAACCAAUGUUCUACAUUAUAAUCUACAGCUCUGUUCUCCUAAUAUGCACCUGCUUACUCUCCCUAACUGUGGUACCGUGUGCGAACCUGUGGGUUCUAACUACCUGUCUCAUGAUCUGCAGUUCCGGCUUCAUCAUCAGCGAGCUAUCACAAUACACCUCAAAGUACGACUUGGAAAAGCCAGAGUUUGAGAUAGACGGCUACCUGAUCACGUGGUUGGUAAUGGUGUUCCUGUCAACCUUGCUCUCCUUGAUCUGCUGUAUCAUGGCUGUUCAGUGUCAGAGACACCUGCUCUAUCUGCUGCUAACCAGGUCUGGAAAUAGAAAUUCUGCAAAUGGAAAUGGAAAUUCGGCAAAUGGAGGUGGAUAUGGAGGUGGAAAUAGAAAUGGAAAUGGAGGGACUGUUCAUUCUGGUGAUAGUGGUGCUGCCUAUUUUAACCAAAACACCAAUGGCUUUGUACGGUCAUCUGACCUGAACUUGGAUCAAUUGGGACGAACCCUGCCAAAGUCAAGGAUGGGGACUUUGAGGGACAGUCAUGUGGACUACACAACCUACAUGUAGAUUAUAGACUCAUUAGAUUCAGUAGUAGACUCGGAAACUGAUAUUCGAGAUGUAUGCUGUUAACUUGAACACUUUCUGAAGACAGUACGAGUGCAGAAUCGAUAUCGAUACAAUCAAGCCGAUAAAGAUAAUUAGUACAUGAUAUACACUGUACAGUGUACAGUAGAUCUGGCUUGAAAUAUUUUUGUGAAGACAAUAUUUCUCUCUGAUUUCAAGUCCUGGCAUAGUGUUUAUGAUUUCUGGAAUGAAAACUUACCAUAAAUUUAUUGACAAAUUGUUUCCCUCCUAGUUCAUUUAGCUUAUUAACUUGAAUUACAUUUCAGUACGUAUCUAAUAUUCAUCUUAAAUUUACAAAAAUUGUAUUAUUGUUGCAAGAUAUGGACUGUAAAUGAUGUUUGGAGUGU